AUGCCAUUUGAACUGAUCCAGGGAAGCCUGGGCGUGGUUCAGCAAUGUGGGGUGAGAUCAUACGCCACAUCUAAGAAGACAAUCGGACAGUUUACCUACAGUUUUCUUGUCAGCGCCAUUUUUUAUUUUUCCUUUUGGCUCGUUCUUUUUCUUAUCAUCUAUCUAUCCCAGUCUGUUUAUCUCUAUCUGAAUCUGUUCAUAUCUAUCUAUCUAUCUAUCUAUCUAUCUAUCUAUCCUAUCUAUCUAUCUAUCUAUCCCAGUCUUUUUUCUCUAUCUGUCUGUUCAUUCAUCUAUCUCUAUCUAUCUAUCUAUCUAUCUAUCUAUCUAUCCCAGUCUGUUUAUCUCUAUCUGAAUCUGUUCAUAUCUAUCUAUCUAUCUAUCUAUCUAUCUAUCUAUCUAUCUAUCUAUCUAUCCCAGUCUGUUUAUCUCUAUCUGAAUCUGUUCAUAUCUAUCUAUCUAUCUAUCUAUCUAUCUAUCUAUCUAUCUAUCCCAGUCUGUUUAUCUCCUCUGAUCUGUUCAUAUCUAUCUAUCUAUCUAUCUAUCUAUCUAUCUAUCUAUCUAUCUAUCUAUCCCAGUCUUUUAUCUCUAUCAAUCUGUUCAUCUUAUCUAUCUAUCUAUCUAUCUAUCUAUCUAUCUAUCUAUCUAUCUAUCCCAGUCUGUUUAUCCUAUCUGAAUCUAUUCAUAUCUAUCUAUCCAUCUAUCUAUCCUCUAUCUAUCUAUCUAUCUAUCAUCUAUCUAUCCCAAUCUGUUUAUCUCUAUCUGAAUCUGUUCAUAUCUAUCUAUCUAUCUAUCUAUCUAUCUAUUCCUAUCCCAUCUGUUUAUCUCUAUCUGAAUCUGUUCAUUGCUAUCUAUCUAUCUAUCUAUCUAUCUAUCUAUCUAUCUAUCCCAGUCUGUUUAUCUCUAUCUGUUCAUAUCUAUCUAUCUAUCUAUCUAUCCUCUAUCCCAGAAUCUUCUGUUUAUCUCUAUCUGAAUUUUCAUAUCUAUCUAUCUAUCUAUCUAUCUAUCUAUCCAUCUAUCGUCGAUUUGUUCCGCAUUUCUAUCUAUCUAUCUAUCUAUCUAUCUAUCUAUCUAUCUAUCCUGAUUCUCUAUCUAAUUUAUCUAUCUAUCUAUCUAAUCUAUCCCAGUCUGUUUAUUCUGAAUCUGUUCAUCUAUCUAUCUAUCUAUCUAUCUAUCCUUCUAUUUUUAUCUCUAUCUGAAUCUAUUCAUAUCUAUCUAUCUAUCUAUCUAUCUAUCUAUCUAUCUAUCUAUCUAUCUAUCUAUCUAUCCCAAUCUUUUUCUCUAUCUGAAUCUCUUAUUAUCUAUAUCUAUUAUCUAUCUAUCUCUAUCUAUUUGUUCCUUCUAAUCUAUCUAUCUAUCUAUCCUUAUCUAUCUAUCCCAGUCUUUUUAUCUCUAUCUGAAUCUGUUCAUAUCUAUUCUAUCUAUUCUAUCUAUCUAUCUAUCUAUCCUCUAUCCCUCUUUUCCCAUUCUGUUUAUCUCUAUCUGAAUCUGUUUUAUCUAUCUAUCUAUCUAUCUAUUUCCAUCUAUCCCUAUCUAUCUAUCCCAGUCUUUCUCUAUCUGAAUUAUUCAUUCAUCUAUCUAUCUAUCUAUCUAUUUAUCUAUCUAUCUAUCUAUCCCAGUCUUUUAUCUCUAUCUGAAUCUGUUUAUCUAUCUAUCUAUCUAUCUAUCUAUCUAUCUAUCAUCUAUCUAUCCCAGUCUGUUUAUCUCUAUCUGAAUUUCUGUUUAUCUCUAUCUGAAUUGUUCAUAUCUAUCUAUCUCUAUCUAUCUAUCUAUCUAUCUAUCUAUCCCAGUCUGUUUAUCUCAUCUGAAUCUGUUUCAUAUCUAUCUAUCUAUCUAUCUAUCUAUCUAUCUAUCUAUCUAUCUAUCCCAGUCUAUCUGUUCAUAUCUAUCUAUCUAUCUAUCUAUCUAUCUAAUAUAUCUAUCUAUCUCUCUUUUAUUCAUCUGAAUCUGUUCUUAUCUUCUAUCUAUCUAUCCUAUCUAUCUAUCUAUCUAUCUAUCAGUAUUUAUCUCUAUCUGAAGUCUGUUAUUUCAUCUAUCUAUCCGUCUAUCUUCCAUCUAUCUUCCUCAUUCUUCCAUCUUAUCUAUCCCAUUUUUUAUCUCAUCUUUAUUUCUAUUCAUCUAUCCAUCUAUCUAGUUAUUAUCUAUUCAUUUAUCCCAGUCUGUUUAUCCUAUUCUGAAUUUUGUUCAUAUCUAUUAUCUAUCCAUCUAUCCAUCUUCUAUCUAUCUUCCCAUCUGUUAUCUCAUCUGAAACCGUUCUAUUUCAUUUUAUUCUAUCUUAUAACCAUAUCUAUUUCUAUCUACUAUCUAUCUUCUUCAUUUUUAUCUCUAUCUGACCUGUUAUCUAUCUAUCUAUCUAUCUAUCUAUCUAUCUAUCUUUAUCCAUCUAUCUAUCUAUCUUUCUUUUUAUCUCUAUCUGAAUCUGUUCAUAUCUAUCUAUCUAUCCAUCUUUAUCUAUCUAUUUUAUCUAUCUAUCUAUCUAUCCCAACUAUCCUAUCUGAAUCUAUUUCCAUCCUAUCUAUCUAUCUAUCUAUUAUCAUUCUAUUAUCAUUCAUUCAUUCAUUCAUUCAUCUAUCCAUCUCUGUUCAUCUAUCUAUCCCAGCCUGUUUUUUUCUUUUAAUCUGUUCUAUAUCUAUUCAUCUAUCUAUCUAUCGUUAUCUAUUCAUUGUAUCUAUCCCAGUCUGUUUAUCUCAUCUGAAUCUGUUCAUAUCUAUCUAUCUAUCUUUUCAUUAUCUAUCUAUCUAUUUCUAUUUAUCCCAAAUCUCAUCUGAAUCUGUUCAUUCUAUCUAUCUAUCUAUCUAUCUAUCUAUCUAUCUAUCUAUCUCAUUCUGUUUAUCUCUAUCUGAAUCUGUUCAUAUCUAUUCAUCUAUCUAUUCUAUAUCUAUGUAUCCCCAUUCUUUAUCUCAGUUUUCAUAUCUAUCUAUCUAUCUAUUAUCUAUCAUCUAUCUAUCUUUCAUUCAUCUAUCUCUAUUGAUUUGUUCAUUUAUCUAUCCUAUCAUCCCUAUCUAUCUUCUAUCCUUUCUACAUUUGUAUUCUAUCUAUCUAUUUCAUUUAUCUAUCUAUCUAUCUAUUAUCUAUCCUAUCUAUCCCCAGUCUGUUUAUCUCUGUCUGAAUCUUUCAUUCUAUCUUAUCUAUCCAUCUAUCUCAUCUGUUCAUCUAUCUAUCCCAAUCUGUUUAUCUCUAUCUGAAUCUUUGUUUAUCAUCAUUUGUUCAUUAUCCUUCAUUCAUUCAUCCCUAUCUGUUUAUCCUUCUAUUUCUAUCUGGAUCAAUAUUAUCUAUCCAUCUAUCCAUCUAUCCAUCUAUCUAUUAUAUCUAUCCCCCGUUUAUCUUCAUUCAUCUGAAUCUGUUUCAUUCUAUUCAUUCAUCUAUCCAUUCAUCUAUCUAUCUAUUCAUUCAUCUAUCCCAGUCUGUUUAUCUCAUUCGAAUCUUUCAUAUCUAUCUAUUCUAUCUAUCUGUAUCAUCUAUCUAUCUAUCUAUCUAUCUAUUAUCCCAGUCUGUUUAUCUCUAUCUGAAUCUGUUCAUAUCUAUCUAUCUAUCUAUCUAUCUAUCUAUCUAUCUAUCUAUCUAUCUAUCUAUCUAUCCCCUGUCUGUUUUCAUCUGAAUUUUGUUCAUUCAUCUAUUCAUCUAUCUAUUCUAUCAUCUAUCUAUCUAUCCAUUCAUCUAUCUAUCAUCCCAUCUGUUUAUCUCUAUCUGAAUCUGUUCAUAUCCCAUCUAUCUAUCUAUCCAUUCAUUCUAUCUAUCUAUCUAUCUAUCUAUCCCAAUCUGUUUAUCUCUAUAUCUGAAUCUGUUCAUAUCUAUCUAUCUAUCUAUCUAUCUAUCUAUCUAUCUAUCUAUCUAUUCAUCUAUCCCAGUCUGUUUAUCUCUCUAUCUGAAUCUGUUCAUAUCUAUCUAUUCUAUCUAUCUAUCUAUCAUAUCCCAGUCCCUUCACAUCUAUCUAUCUAUCUAUCUAUCUAUCUAUCUAUCUAUCUAUCUAUCUUUCUUUCUUUUUUUUACUUAUCUUCUUUCAUUUAUUCUUUUCCUUUUACAUUGUUUAUACUUCGUAAUAUUUUUUCGAUUUUUCUUCAUUGUUAA